GUCGACUGACGCUCAAACGGCUCUGCUCGUGCUUCCGCAGCUACUCUUGUGCGAACGCCCUACCUAUUUCUCACAGCUUUGCUUCCAAGAAGAAAGUCUACCAACCAAUACGUGGUCACUUUUAAUACCUCUCCUGUUCCUCCAGGCCCAACGAGCACGUCGCUGCGUUCAAAAUGCCAUCCUCGUGUAAAGAUAUCCGCGACGCGCUCGCCCAAUGCCUCCAAAACAGCGACUGCAUCCUUGUCCAGCGCCACACGCCCGUCGAAUGCCUUUCGCACCCCUUGCUCGAAACCCUCCCGGAGCAAUGCCAACAGCUCAAGAUCGGGUUCCGGGAAUGCCGGCGCGGACUGGUCGACAUGAGGAAACGGUUCCGAGGCAACGCGCCCAUCUCCACGAGCUUGGAACUCGAGGGCGGCGACGGGAGCGGGAGAAAAGUCGACGGCGCCCCGGGGGGAGGGCUCAAGAGCCAGCUGUACGCUGGACGGCCGGCGUUUGAUGUCCGAGAGCAGAUGGGCAAGGGCCAGAAAGGGGAGGUCGAGGGGCUGGGGUUUGACGAGAGUAAGACAAGGGGGCUGUAAGUGAUGUUUCGCAAGAUCGAGAGCACCGCGGACCCGAGACGAUAUGAUUCGCAUUGCUUGGCUGGAGGUCGAAAGCCCAGCGAUCAUCCCAAGUAUGGCGUAGGCGUCCUUUCAAGAGAAGAAGCAUCUCAUGUUCGCCGGACAGCCUGGGGAGAUCUUCGCUGCUCCAACGCCGGAAUCCCGUCCUCAGACACCACCAGCGGCCACGCAGACCUGCGCCGAGAACUGGCCGGCUCAAUCAGACCCAAUCCAGCAGGUCUUUCUCACCUCUCAGGAGCGAUUCGCAUAGCUUGAAGCCAUCCCCGACUGACCUCGACUUUGAAUGGCACAGUCGACUCAACUUGUCCGUGGGGCCGCGAAGAGCUAGAGGCUGCGAGACAAUAGGUGGCACAGUGACCCAAAGACUCGGCGCUCCAACGAUCGCGUUGCUGUUUUGUGGCCAUCGCUCAAAGAGUGUGAAUUUCACUGGACAUCCUUCUCCAUCUAGAGCAAGGGAGCUCAUUCUGAAAAUUGUGGAACGACAUGUAGCGAAUGCUUGCGGCAAGACUUGUAAGAGAUCGAGAAGGAGCCGGCCGAAAGAGGGUCAAUAUUGCAAAUGGCGCACCGCUGUCACGAUAGCAUGUACAAUAGAUAGCAUGGACAUAGUUCAACAAAGCAAAGCAUGAAACGAAUCAACAUCUGGU